GAGCGCUUCCCGGGCCAGUCGGUGUACCACAUCAAGUGGGUCCGCUGGAAGGAGGAGAACACGCCCGUCAUCACGCAGAACGAGAACGGCCCCUGCCCCUUGCUGGCCAUCAUGAACGUGCUGCUCCUGGCUUGGAAGUUUAUAGUCAAGAACCAUGUUGGCAUUGUUUGGAGUGGCAAGCUUAUUGGCAGCUCACCUGCACAUCAUUGACAGUAGCCAGCUACAUACCAAGGCUGAGGAUGGACAUCCACAUUCUUCUCACUUCUGAACCAAGAUGAACACUAGAUUGGGUCAGGUUAAGCUGCCGCCGAUGAUGGAAAUCAUAACGGCUGAACAGCUGAUGGAAUAUUUAGGAGAUUAUAUUCUUGAUGCAAAACCGAAAGAGAUAUCUGAAAUUCAGCGUUUAAAUUAUGAGCAGAAUAUGAGUGAUGCAAUGGCAAUUCUACAUAAGUUACAGACAGGUCUGGAUGUCAACGUGAAAUUUACAGGUGUACGAGUAUUUGAAUACACACCUGAAUGCAUCGUGUUUGAUCUUCUUGAUAUCCCUUUGUACCAUGGAUGGUUAGUGGAUCCCCAGGUUGCUGAUAUAGUGAAAGCAGUUGGUAACUGCAGUUACAAUCAGCUAGUGGAGAAGAUAAUUUCUUGUAAACAGUCUGACAACAGUGAACUGGUUAGUGAAGGAUUUGUAGCUGAGCAAUUUCUAAAUAACACAGCUACACAGUUGACAUACCAUGGGCUGUGUGAAUUGACUUCAGCUGUCCAGGAAGGAGAGCUCUGCGUGUUCUUCAGGAAUAACCAUUUUAGCACUAUGACCAAAUACAAGGGUCAACUUUACCUGCUGGUGACAGACCAGGGUUUUCUUACAGAAGAGAAAGUUGUUUGGGAAAGCUUACACAAUGUGGAUGGUGAUGGGAAUUUCUGCGAUUCUGAAUUCCACCUACGGCCUCCAUCAGACCCUGAAACUGUCUACAGAGGGCAGCAGGAUCAAAUAGAUCAAGAUUAUCUGAUGGCUUUGUCUCUACAACAAGAACAGCAAAAUGAAGAAAUUAACUGGGAACAGAUACCAGAAGGAAUUAGCGAUCUAGAGCUAGCAAAGAAGCUUCAGGAAGAGGAGGACAGGCGAGCUUCUCAGUACUAUCAAGAACAAGAACAAGCAGCUGCUCAGGUCCAGCAGGUGCAAGGUGCUCCUUCUCUAGCAAGUGGAAGACAAUCUGGGAGCAAUGAACGCAAACGUAAAGAGCCUCGAGAGAAAGAGAGAGAAAAAGAGAAGAAUAGCUGUGUUCUCUUGUAACAGAACAUGGAUUUAUUCUGGAGCCAAGUGCAUGUCCUCAGAAGCAAAAGCAAGGAGUAAAAAGGAAGACAAACCCGUUACAUGCCGCCUGUGCCUGAUUACCCCACGGAUUUUGUUCACGUUUCAGGAGAGGAUGGGUGACUUUGUUACAAUCAUGCAGACUUUCUUCAAAGUCAUAGCGUGUGCUGCUUGAGAUGGAAUUCCAAAUCACAGUUGGAUGCGGCUGUGCUUUGAGUUAGUCAUAAGUUAUACUGCACCUUGUAGCUGAACACACAGAUCAUGGCAAGUUUUGUGUCAUAGUGACAUCCAUUACUUAUUACAUCAGUUAGUAAGCUAUUUUAUCUUCUACUCUAAACAAAGGAGGUAAUUGGUUUUGUGUAAGACUUUUUUCCUGAAGUCUGUACACUAGCACAACAGAAUCCUGUGUUACUUUAAUGAUGAGAAACUAUAUCUCAGGUUGGGUAUAGUCUCCGUAACACAAGAGCCCAAAUGGGGGCUGCCUCCUCAAUGUGUCCAGAUAUCCUCGCUUCUGGAUUUAGCACAUUUAUUAUUUUUUUUGAACCCAGAUUUAUACUGCGUUAGUGCUGUUGUUGCACCCCCUGGCCAGCUUUCUUGCCCCAAGAAUAUAUGACUUGAUUAUACAAAAAUUGUCAUAGAAAAUGGGGCAUUUAUUAAUGAGCAAGAUGAAUAUUGUUUGCUUUUCUUGCAGUUAUAAACUGGGUAUGGCAACUCAGAUGUUAUCAGGGUUAAACACGUGAUUUUAUAGGUCAUUUCUUUUUCUUUUAGUAUUUUUUCCUCUUGUAGGUAAACUGGACCAGAUAACUUCUUAUUUAUUGACCUCUCCAUAUGAUAGGUGAAUGAUGAGAGGAAACUAAGGUCUAUAAUAAUCUUUAUUCUAAGAAUGCAGAGUUAAAAUGACUAUCUGCCUUUUUUUCCCAGAAGUACCUUUAACAUUAACACGUCCACUUAAGUAUUUAAGCAAGUGUACUGUAAUUACACACUUUUUUGUUAUUAGAUCAUGUAUCUUUAAAAAGCACACUUCCAAAGGGUGGGAGAAAAGCUAGGCUGCACUCUGAGAUUGUCUAGAAAGGUGGUCAGGUGUAAUAUUUUGUGUUUUAAAUCACUAAUUUAGAGUUUUUGGAAACAAUUUUCUAAUUUAUGGGAACCAGAUAAACACGUUGCAUCUUAUAGUAUUUAUAGCGUACAGAAAUGGAAUAUUCACUGAAUUAUGAGGGAACCGCAAAUCCUUCUCCAUUUCCAUUAAGUCAAUAAGAAGUACCUUCUUGCUGAACCUUUUUGAUAAGAUUUGUAUUUCACAAUUUGUAGAUACUUUUGAAAAAGGCUGCUUCUCCUGGACAAGUUACGAUUCGUGCUCUAGGCCUGGGUAAGUGCAUUAGUAUCCAAUAGUCUAGGACAGCUAAGGCAGCUGGAUAGAAUAUGACAUUCCUGGUUUCAGGUGUUUGAAGAACGUCUGUAAGAGAGUGGGUGUUUAAACACAAGUCCACAGGUAAAUAGCUGCUUUACAGUUAUUUCAGGCAGACCUGCUGCGGUGAUGGCAACCAGUAAUUACAUAAAAUCUGCUAUGAAUCUAGAAGGAAAGUUAGACUUGUAAAGGAAGAACGUCUUAUUAACUGAAGGGCCAGUUUAUAUCACCUUUUUCUUCCAUGGUAAUUUUUUCUUUUGUUUUUCAACUUUGUUACACUUUUUUUUAUAAUAACAAAGUUAUUAAUGGUAGUUAUCUAAUAUGCAAAUUGUAAAUGUAAAGAUUUCUCUAUAUUCUUUAGUAAAGUCACGCCCAGAAAAGUCAUUUUAACACUUAAUGUAUGCAGUUUAGAUAACUUUCUAUGUCAAAGCAAAGGCUGACCUCUUUUUUCCUUUGCAGCAGCCUAACUUCUUCAAACUAAUGUGAUGGAUGAUCACCAACAUAAUGACUUGUCUACUUUAAUCAAAUCAGAAAAUAUUUCAAUAGUGUCAAUAACAAAGACUUUAAGCCAGAAUGUUGUUUAAAAACAUUCUGUUACUAAGAUUUUUUCCAAAUUUGUGUAUUUACAUUUAUUUAUUGCCCUUGAAAAAUAAAUAUGUCGAGCUAAGUGUUUGUAAUCUUAUUGUUUUUCACUGACAGUAUUGCCAGUUUAAAUUAUUAUUUUUUAAACUUUAACUUGAACAGGCAUUGUGGCUAUUCAGAGUAUCUUUUUUGCCUGAGAUACUUGCUCAUUUAGAACAAUUCAUGUAGCAUUUCAACUUUCAGACAGAUGCGCCUGAAAUCUAAUAUACUGUAGUGAUGGUAAUGUUAUUUGGUCACAAUGGAAGAAAAGUUAAAUGUCAGUGCUCAUCACAAAGUCUGGACUCCCCAGUAAUUCAGUUUCCCUUUCAAUAACAGGGUAAGGUUUUCAGGUUAUUUGAGAUGGCAGGCAUGCUAUUCAAACAGUUUUCUGUUUAUAUCCUUUUUUUUUAUUACAGGUCUCGGAGCUUUGGGGAAAAAAUAAAGAAUUCCUAAAAUUCAGGGCAUUGUUCUGCAUGGGUUGAGCUUGAUAGUGGCAAAAGUUAUAAGCAGGUGAGCUUUUUAAUAUCCAGUAUGACGUAUGUCUGGAAGAUUAAUUAACACCCCACUGUGACUAACCAUUUCAAAAGUAACUGUCACAGUUGGUAUAUAAAAUAUCCAAAACUGAAAAAAUACCAAUAUAUAAAAUAUCAAAAAUAUCAAAAUAUAAAAUAUCAAAAACUGAAUAGAACUGCUUUUAUCUGUAGUAGUGAACUUGGAAAACAAUGUCAAAGUAAUCAGGGAGCGCUAGUAAGAUGAUACGUACUUCUGGCUCUAUUUACUUCAUUUACAGUCUCUUUUCAAAUCUCUUUUUCUGGCAAAAGGUACAGAUUUAUAUUUUAAAUCCGUUUAUAAAAUUUAGCAUGAAAGUGCUACAAAUACCUACAUAACGUAUAUGAAAGUGUCAGAAAAGUAGAGUAGAACUUCGUUUUCCACUAGAUAAAAGCUAGCACAAAAGACAGAAUCAUAGAGUUUUUGUUGUUGCAUUACAGUCAUGCAAUAAAGCUACAAGCACUGCCAUAGUGUUAAAUGUCUUUCUAAAAGGCACUUUGUAAAUGCUCAAAUCUACCACUUAAGUUACAUUUACGUGUAAUCUGAAGCCCAACAAAGCAGAUCCAAAUAAGGUUGUAACAUGAGAAGAAAUUAGCAUUCCUGAAAAUUCACUUAAACACAAUGCAAAAAAAAUUUCUGUAGCAAGUCAUCUACUUAAUAGAAUAAAGUAUAUGUUCAGAUUGUCUUUACAGAACUCUUCUUGUGGAUCACAGACACUCAAGUUGAAAGUGAACCAUAUGCUCUUCUGUAUGCACUUGCAUUAAAUUACCAGGCAGUCUAUGCACUUGCUUGAUACUUCACUUUAUUGUUAAAUGUUUCUUCAAACUUGUACACAGAAAUUCGUGAAAUUUUUUUCCAGGAUGUAAUAAAAGGCAAUUUAACUUCAUGAAAUUGGAUCUUCUGAUAUAUUCAGCAGGAAAUACUAAAGUAAAAUGUGAAGUUGAUAUACUUUUAACUGUUCCUCUUUCCUGCUACAAUAGGUCUAUAACCUAUAACCCAAAGCUUAUGCUUAGGUGAGCUUGUUUUUUCAUUACUAUUAGGAUGCUUAUCACAAUUCAUCACUGAAGUUUAUACUAAGUAGAUCUUUAAAUACAACACAAUGAAUUAAGAACUGUAUUCAUUUUACAACCUUAAGAAGUCUACUUUUAUGUAAGCUUAAACAGCAGGUAAGUCAGCAAAUGCAAGUUAAUUGGCGUUCUUGUUAGAAAGCAUAUAAGGAAAAAGCAAAAAUAAAAAGCCUUAGUUUGGUUGCACUAUAAUGCUCUUAUUUCUCCAUCUGUGCUGUGAGAAUAAGACCUUGGAAAAAAUCUGACAUGGAAAAAUGUUCGUAUAGUCCAAUGACAACAAAUGUUAAUGCAGCAACUUAAACAUAGGCGUUUUAUUUUGUGAUUUAGUGCAGUUAUGUAAGUCUUUGAAGCAUAACCAGCACUAGACUGGGAGCAGUGUUAUUUUGAAUGCAAAGUUCUGGUGAGAUGAAUGACAUUCAUCCAAAUUCAUCUAAACAGAAAUCUAUUUGAUGUUAAUUUCCAUAGUGUUUCCACAUACUCCUUCUUGUUAGCAGCUUGUUCUUAGAGUUGUCCAGUAGAAAAGCUAUGUAUUUAAGCUCAACUGUCACUUCCUCUGAAGGGGAAGGUGUGGUGGAGAAAUGUAGAGGAGGCUGGAAUAUAAAAGACCUCUAUGCUGCCUACUUUUCUUGAGAUGGUCUAGGGAUUUGUCCUCAAUUUUCAUACAACCAGAAUGGUCUGAGUUGGAAGGGACCUUAAAGAUCAUGUAAUUCCAACCCUCUGCCAUGGGAAGGGACAUCUUUCACCAGCCCAGGCUGCCCAAAGCCCCAUCCAGCCUGGCCUUGAACACUUCCAGGGAUGGGGCACCCACAGCUGCUCUGGGCAACCUGUGCCGGUGCCUCACUGCCCUCAUUUAUUAUGCUGUAGCAUAGUAAAUAUGCUUUAUACAGCAUUUAUUAUACUGUAGCAUAAUAAAUAGCUGUAGCCAUAGCAUGUACUGGCCAAACCUCAUCAAGGUCAGGCUUGAUGCAGCUCUAGGCAGCCUGGUCUAGUGCCCAGAGCAGGGGCAUUGAAACUAGAUGAUCUUUGAGAUCCUUUUCAAGAGAGGCCAUUCUAUGACCAGCAUACAUGUUUUGUAAUGGGUUGGCAGUGUCUAUCUCUGUAUACCUUCUUCUUCACUCUCAUAACGCUUCUAGGUUAACUAGCUGUUCUGACCCUCUUAAAAACUCAAAACGUUUUUAUUAAAUGUCAGUUGUCUGCUGUUUAAUUUUGGUCAUUAUGUCAGCUUUGUCACUAUGAGCUCUUUCUUUACUUGGACAGUUACCUCUGGAGAACUUGCUGAAACAUUAAAGUUCUUUACUGCCUUUAAAGUUACUCUUCUGGUUUGUAGGAUUAUUUGUGCUCAUAAAGAAAAUUUGUAUGUUGAAGUGAGCAAUUCAUUGUGCUUUGAGGCUAAGAAAUUUAAACACCUAGUUAAUUGUCUUUAGAAGUCAAAAUGCCAUGUUUGCCUGCUUGACACAAAGAAUUUUCAACGAAAUGUCACGUCUGGGAAAUCCAUAGGAAUAUUUCAGAUGAGCUUCAGUACUCAAAAGUACCAACUUAGUUUAAACAGUAUACUUUAAAAAUAAUUUGCUGUACCAAUAUGAAAAUAAAUGAAUCUGUUUCUCUAAAUGUGUUGAUGAAACAUGAAAUAAGGCACCGAGUGCUUUCAUCACUAGUUGAGUCACACAUUUAAGGAACCAGGUAGGGGUCUUGCUACAGUCUUGCUGGGGCCAAAAGUGAGUGAAAUGUCAUUGUCUGCUAUAGCCAAACGCUAAGCCAAAAGCCAAAUGCAUAUAAAUCUUGGUAGUAGGUAGGGACAUAAGGUCUUCCGUAAGUUUUUUAUUUCUUUAAUUAAUCUUUUGAGAAGGUCCUUUAGUGUUAACAUAAUUUCAGUUUAGGUCCCAUCCAGUCUAUGAUCCAUGCUGUGAAACACAUAAAUUUUGGGAAGUGAUCUACCAGUGUCUCUCAUGAGACAGUGCCUUUAGCUCUCACAAACUCAGACUCUCCUUGGCAGAAUCCAGAGCUCAGUACUAACAGUACUGAAUCAAUAUGGGGAACAUGACAAUAGGGGCUUCACCGUGUAAUAAUGUCAAUUCCAAGUAUGUAACUGUCAUAAGUCCAUAUUAUAAUUUAUUACAUGUACCAGCUAUAAUAGAGCUAGUAUGAUUAUUUCAGUCCAUGCUAUAGUUGCAAUUCCUUGCUGUGAAAGAAUUACAGAGAAUUAGAUGACUGCUUUUCUAAUAGGCUUUGCAACUACCUUGAAGUGUUCUUUGUAAUACUGGAUUUUUCAGUCUUGGGAUAUUAAUGCAUAAAAGUUUCUGAACAAGAAAUUUAAUGAUUUAACGCAUAAUAUUUUUCUUCUUUUGUAGUAUGUUUAUAGGGAACAUAGUAUUUAAAAAUCUGUAUUUGAUUUUGUAUAAGAAUGCUGUAAUUACCUAUAUAUGCUGCAAUCACCUUCUAGAACUAACAAACUGCUACAUCAGUAACAAGCCUAUGUAUGCUCUAGAAAUUUCACUGGAGGAAUUUAAUAAAUGUUAGGAACAGAUUUAUUUCUAAAUAAUAUAAUGCUAAAUUCUUUUUUAACUACGGUUUCUACUGUUCAUUCCUACAGCUAACAGUUCAGGGCGAUCUUCCAGUAACUAGUGGUGGCUACAUUAUGUGUUAGGAUCCUUCUAAACUUCCUGAGCAGUAUUGCAAUACUACUAUCACUUGUGCUAUUUUUUUACAAUUAAAUGUCUGUCCAAUCCAACCUCAUAUUACAAUGCACAGGCAUGAGGAGGAAGUUAAAACAUGGCAUUUCAGCAUAGGCUUAUGCAAACCAGUCAUGUAACUUAUUAAUUUUUUGAAAAAUCUUGGACAAAAUAAGCAAUCCAUUUUUUUUUUUUUUCCAAGGAAAGCUACUGUUAGAUUAUCCUUUGUAUUUUUUUCAACACAAACAAGCUCAGCUUUGAAUGUAACCAUGUCUUCAGAUUUGAUAGCUUUGUACAAAGCAUGCACGUUCAGCAUUUUAUACCUAUUUCCAAGGUAACUUUAGUUUCUCUUCAGUAUUUUGGCGCCAGCGCAACAACUGGUCUCUUAAUUUUAAGGGUUUUAUUAUUGCAGGUUUACCAGAACCAGAAAGUGCUGUACAAUUACUGUUUCGGUUUACAGUUGGGGUUUGGUGAAGUUCUUUAGAUUGAAAGCUUUAAAACAGGUUGCAUGUGAGGUGAAUUAUUAACAGUAUGCUUUUUUUUUUUUUUUUUUGGCCAAUUGCAGCCUUGUUAGACUUUAUAAUUGAGUUGUAUUUACUGUAGGAAGAAAAUUACUGCUUUGGAAACAAAAUUCUUCUUUCACUUGUAAAAAAAAAAUAAAAAAAAAUAGCGGAUUGUAUUAGACUAUUGUAGAUAGAUACAGUGAACCAAUGAACCUAGCUGUGACUUUUAAAACUACUUUUUCAGCAAUUUGCAUUUUUAUCUCAAACAGUCGUAAUGAUUACAUGUUUGUAUUUCAUAUAACAAGUUGACAUCAGUAUGCUUGCAUUUUUGGAUUUCUAACACACUUUCUGGAUUUCUAACACACUUUCUCUUAGAGCUUGACCUUUAAGAAUCCAUUAAAAAAAGGGACCAUAGGUAGCAAGUGUUUCUCCACCUAUACUUGGCUAACUCUUGAAAUGGCCAGUUCUGUUACAUUAUGCUAAACUGUGACUAGUCAAAUAAUUACAGUAUAGACAUUCAUUAAAUAAGCAGGACUGUGCUUUUGGUACAGUUUGUACUUGCAAAAUGAAAGCACUUAAUAGUUGUUCUCAGAUUGCUAUCAGAUCAUAUUUGACAAAUAUUCCCUUCUUGUAACAUUUUUUUCCUAUACGGAUAUUCUGCAGUGUGUAAUCACUGUCUACAGGUCAAGACUAAAGAAAUUUGUUAGUGGUACUUAAUACAAAAAGUAUCUUGUCGUUUUCUAUAAAAGUAAUUUCUAAAUCUGUUGCUACCUGCUCAGUACUAGAUCUUACAAUAAAAAAGUCACAAUGUUAAUACAUUAUAGGAGAUGAUUACAGCUACUUUCUUCAUAAGAAGAAGAAUACUAUCAGCAUAUGUUCUCCCCCAGCUCCGCAUUAAGUGAUGCAUCUUUCCUUUUAAGUGACAUGGUUUUGGUUCAUCUUUCUUAUUACAGCUUUCAAUGAAAGAAGUUCUUUCAAUGAAAGAAGUUUUCAUAAAUUUUGUCAAUCUCUUACCAAGUGAACAGAUGCAUAGCUAUUUAUAUGUACAACCUUUGACAAUCACCUUUAACACAUGUAACCUUGAAGUUAACUACAUCUGAAACAAACUGAUGAAAUUCAAAUGAGUCAUAUAGAAAUUGCCUCUCACUCUCCAGCAGGGACAAAUAUUUGUUACCAUAUUAACUGUCUCAAUAGCAUUACGACAAAAUUUAAAACCAGAAGUUCUUUUAGAAAAGUUCAAAAAUAUUUACUUAUUGAAGCAGAUCAGUAAUGUGUUCAAGAUGCUAUGCUUCCACCAGAAUCAUGCAACUGCUCAGCUGCGAUAGAGUUGUAAGCCUGUUAAUCACCUAAAGCUUAUCUUGUAUCUCCAAAUCUAGUUUUAACAGGAAAUAUAUAUCAAAAAGUUAAUAGAGUCUACUAUAGAUUUACUAGGAAACAGAAAAAUUAAAAUUCUAAGACCUGUAUUUUAGAAGCAUGACAUGAUUAAAUCUAGUCAUGCAGUAUCAUUUGUACCAAAGUGUAUGAUGGAAAUCCUUUUCAUUAUGAUGCUAAUUGUAAUGGCAUGUACAAGAUCAACUACUGAAUGUUUUGUGUUUUAAAGGCCUUAAUUGUUUAUAUUGUAUUAAUGUUUUUAAAGACUAUAAGGAAUUGACGCUUUCCUUGUAAACUGUUAAAAUACUUUUGAACACUUCAAUAAUUUUCAGAAAAGUCAUUCUGUAUUUUAAUACCCCUUUUUGUUGUUUUCUUUGUACAAGAAAAGUUGCUAAAUUCUGGUAUCUUUAAAAAGAAGUCUGUGAUUAUCAACCUCUCUAGUUUAAGGUCUUUACCCUGCUGAGAUUUAUUUUGGUUAAUAGUCCUCUGAAAGUAAUCAUCUGUGAAUAAAUUUGGGCAAAGUGAAAUAAACAUUUCAUUUAGGCAUCUAAAUUCUGUCAUAGUAACAAUGGUUGGAUGAAAUAAAAAAAACACUCUGGAGAAGAAAAGGAUAGAUUUCAAUUCAUCUAAAUACCAGAAACUUUGAGUUUAUAGAGUAAUUUGUUUUCUAUUAGAUUUAUCCCCAUUACUCCUAUUUCAGUACUUUUAUUUUUAUCAAAUGAAAUAUCUGCAUAUGCACAUUUUCUUUUAAGUAAGCAAAAACAUGCCAAGAAAUAUUGUUAAUGCCUUUACAGUUGAAAUGCACAUCUGGACCUAUUUACUUUAGGUAAGAUACAUCUCUGCUUUUAUUUUUGUGCCUGCCUGUAGCUUUGUCUUCUAAGGCGAUUAACUUUCAUAUUUCCCAUGGGAUCCAUCAGCUAUCUUACAGCAAAUAUUUUGUAUGUUGUCACUUAAAGCAUGGAUUACUGUCAAAUUGCUUGUUUUUAAAUGUAAUCUAACAUG